AUGAAGGCACUAAGUUUGAUUAAAUUUUGCAAUUUAAAUUUGGGAUUUUUUGAAUAUGAAAAAAUAAUACAAAAAUUAUUUCUCUUAGAUUUAAUGGAUAUCUUUAAAUGUAAAUAUCUAAAACAUGAAAAUGAAGAAAUUAUUGGAUUUUGUUUGAAUCAGAAAUGUUCUGGUGCAACACAAUAUUGUUAUAAAUGUUUAAAUUCUACUCAUUCAGCCCAUUUUAAUGAUUGUAUUAGAUUCGCAGAAAUUAUCAAAAUUAUUAAUGAAUCCAUACAAGUUUACAAUCAAUUAAGAUAAUAAUUGAAAGAAAUCACUAAACAACUAGAGAACUUAUUGGAAGAGACUUUUAAAAAAAUGGAUUAGGAAAUUAAAACUUUAGAAAAUAUGGCCCAAUAACUAAUAAACAUGGACUAUUUAACUUUUAAGUCAUAAAUCCAUAUACUUAUAGAGUUUUACUCUAAGGAAAACGAAAAUUACAGAUGUAUCCAAUCUUUAGUUAUAUUAGAAAAACAAUUAACAUAAUUGAAUAACAUUCAUAAAGCAAUUUAGAAUAUGGUAUCAGUCUAAACUCAAAAAGAUACUUAAUUUAAUUCUAAUGGCCAUAAAAAUGCUAUUAUAAUAGUAGAAAUUAAUUAGUAAACUGAUUCUCAGUAGUCUUUCAAUAUGUAAGAGGUUUCACAAUUAGUAAAUGAAGGUAGAAUAUUUUUCAUUUGAUCUUAGGAGUGGCUUUAAGAAAAAUAAAUAAAUAUUAAGAAGCUAUUGAAUAAUUUGACAAAGCUAUUUCCAUCAAUCCAAAAUAUUAUUCUGCUUAUUAUAAUAAGGGUAAUUAACCGUUAUACUUUAUUAUUUAGGUCUUGCAUUAAACAAUUUUUAAAAAUAUUAAGAAGCUAUUGAAUGCUACGACAAAGUUAUUUCCAAUCAUCCAAAAGACUAUGAUGCUUGGAAUAAUAAGGGUAAAUAAAAUUGUUCGACAUUAUAUUUUAGGUUUUGCUUUUUCUAUUCCUUUGAUAGCAUUAGAGUUCUAAGAAAAUUAAAUAAAUAUUAAGAAGCAAUUAAUUGUUAUGACAAUGCUAUUUCUAUUAAUCCAAAUGGUGAUGAUGUUUGGAAUAAUAAAGGUAAUCAACUGCUAGACAUUGUUAUUUAGGUUAUGCAUUAUUACAUUUAAAUAAAUAUUAAGAAGCAAUUAAAUGCUACGACAAAGCUAUUUCCAUUAAUCCAAAGUUUGAUGCUGCAUGGAAUAAUAAGGGUAUUUAACACUUUGACAUUAUUAUUUAGCCAUUGCAUUAAAACAUUUAAAUAAAUAUUACGAAGCUAUUGAAUGUUACGACAAAGCUAUUUCCAUCACUCCAAAAUUUGAUGCUAUAUGGAAUAAUAAGGGUAAUCAACUGUUAGACAUUAUUAAUUAGGCAUGGCACUAAAAAAAUUAAAUAAAUAUUAAGAAGCUAUUGAAUGCUACGACAAAGCUAUUUCCAUUAAUCCAAAUGAUGAUGAUGCUUGGAAUAAUAAGGGUAAUAAAUUGUUCGACAUUAUUUUUUAGGUUCUGCUUUAUUCAAUUUAAAUAAAUAUCAAGAAGCAAUUAAAUGCUUUGACAAAGCUAUUUCCAUAAAUCCAAACGAUGAUGCUGUAUGGAGUAAUAAAGGUAAAUUUUUUUAUGAUUAAGGCUUGGCACUACAUAUGUUAAAGAAAUAUAAAGAUGCUAUCUUUUGUUAUGAUAAAGCUCUAGCCUUUAACAUUACUUCUCUUAGAUUACAACGAAAAGGUACAUUGUUUUAACUUUAAUUUAUUUUCAGCUGAUUCUCUAUUAGAAUUAGGGAACAAAUAUGAAGCUAAGCAGAAUUAUCUGGAAGCAUUGCAAAAAGGAUCAAACGAGAAGAAUUAUAUACAGAAAUAACUAUCAAAGUUAUGA